AUGUCAUCAGUAUUUUCAACAGGUUUUAAAGGUUUAUUAGCCGGAUCAUUAGUAACUCCAAUAGUUACAAAAUAUGUUAUAUCACCAUUAUAUUUUGAUCCUCAAAUUAUGAAAGAAAUUCAUUAUAUUCAACAAGAAAUGGAAUUUGUUGGUUGGAAUGUUAGACAUUUACAAGAACAAAAAGGUUUUAAAGAAGAUGAAUUAUAUACUCCUAAUACUUUUUAUGCUCAAUCAAGUUCUCAUCAUUAA